CUCAUUACCACAUCUUAACUGUAAUUCUUGCUUCAAUAUUCACAUUGCGAUCUUUGAUUCCCACCAUUUUCACACUCAAAUCUAAUCUGCCGGUCUCAGACAUUUACAGACCAUCGAUUGAGCGCUUGCGCAAACGCGUACCACUCCACUUAUCAAGUCAAUAUCCUACCUUGCUGAACAGUCUCCAGAGAUGUUGCCUCUAGGUCUCCUGACGGCCGCGCAGGGCCACCCCAUGCUCGUCGAACUCAAGAACGGCGAGACGCUCAAUGGACAUCUCGCCAACUGCGACAACUGGAUGAACCUCAUACUCAAGGAAGUUGUCCAGACGAGUCCCGAGGGAGACAAGUUCUUCCGCCUACCGGAAGUCUACGUCAGAGGAAACAACAUUAAAUACCUACGCAUCCCCGAAGAGAUUGUGGAAAUGGUGAAGGAACAACAGCAGAACCAGCCGCAGAACCGGAACCGUGGCCCACGCGAAGGUGGUCGGGGCGACAGAGGCCGUGGUGGUGGUCGGGGUCGUGGCCGCGGUCGGGGUCGGGGCGGCAACUAGAGAUCUGAUCCUAAUUCCUUUUGUUUUUUUCACGAAAAGAAUGAGAAGAGAGACAUGAAAGAUACCCCGGGGAUUGAAAGUUGUUGUUAAAGCAGGUAGCUAUCGCUAGGAGGAAGUCCGUUUGGCGGUUGACAGUCGAGCAUGGCCUUGGCGUAUCUGGUUGUAUUUGUCAAAUGGG